AUGGAGGGGAGCCCAACCUCGCAAUCAUUAGCAUACGCAUUUCACGCCUCCACGACGGCUUUACAGGCGAACCUCGCCCGUUUUUGGGAAAUCGACGAAGUACCGCCUACUGCACACAUUUCGGAAGCGGAACGACAGUGCGAGGAGCAUUUUCGAAAUCACGUUCAACGCACCAACGAAAGGCGAUACGUUGUCGCUCUCCCAUUCAACGAAACAACUCCUUCGCUUGGAUCCUCGAAAGCCAUGGCAAUGAAGCCACUCAGAUCCCUCUGCCAUCGAUUCCAACGAGACAAACGAUUCGAAGCCGACUAUCACGCCGUAAUACAAGAAUACUUGGAAUUAGGCCACAUGACGAAGACUACCACGGACCACUGCACGGAGGACGGAUAUUUUCUGCCACAUCACGGCGUGAUCAAAGAAUCCAGCCAAACUACAAAACUCCGAGUUGUGUUUGGCGGAUCUGCACCAACCACCACCGGAAGGAUCGGAAAUUCCAACAAAUUUUGUGGCGCAACUCUGAUGGAGAAGUUGACACCUAUCAACUUAACACAGUGA